AGAUAAUCCCAGUGUGAAGCUUAAACUGUGCAACGAGAUUGUUGUCGAAGAGACUGAAGUUAAAUGCACAUGUGAAAGAUCCGAUCCAAGCCUUAUUAACGCAUCUAUUGUGUGGUAUGCAACAAAUCGGUCCAAAGACGACAGAAUGGAUGUCAUUUUCCAUAAUAGCCCCUCUCUCUAUCUUAAACACUAUAGUAAAAAAACAGAUAUUUUUUAUAAAUAUAAUAUAUUUUUAUAUAUAUAUAUAUAUAUAUAUAUAUAUAUAUAUAUAUAUAUAUUAAUGUUUAAACAUUGUAUGCGUUUUAGUCAUAUAUUCGAGGAACGCAUACAUCUAAAUAUAAUCUAACAAUUAACAGUUUUAGUUUAAGAUUUUGUUGGUAUGCCCCCCCCCCUUUUUUUUCUUGUUAGAUAGACGAAGAUUUGCCAUCUGUUUAUAAUAACACUUCUGCAAGAAUUAGUAUAAGUUGCAAUUCUUGUGUACGUCUGUCUUCCGUAUUUAUGGGGAUCCCCUGCAUUUCAAAUUUGAUUUUUUCAUUCCUCCUUAAAGUAGUCCAAAACACGGAUUCGUAGCCUUCACAUCGUUAUCUAGUUCUUCAUUGAGCUAAUUCUUUGAAAUACGGCAUGUUUCCAUUAGAUAAACAAUCCUAGACAGUGGAUACAUCUGAGAGGAAACAACAUUAUUUGGAUUUCGGCACGUUUCAUGACCGUGUGUUCAGAAAAUUGUGAUAUCAUCAGAAAAGCCAUUAAAUACUUUACAUAACUUAGCAUUUUUUAAGAUGGAGUUUAGUUGACCCAUGAGGAAAGACAAGGGUGUAAAAUCACCGGCUACUGUUUUCAUAAAAUAUAUUAAAUUACUCAUUUUUUAUUUUUAUUUCCAUUUAUGACUUUUAAAAAAAAUAUUUAUAACGAAAACAGUAAGUUAUACUAUAUACGAGACAACAUUUAAUUUCAGUACUAUUGGAAUUUAUAGGAAAAACGAAUGUGUGAUAUAAUUUACACCAGGUACUUUAGAGAUUUCAAAAACAAUUUUAUAUUUCAUCACUUUAUUCUAACUUUGAUAACAUGCAAUUUAAAAGUUAUCUUAAAGAAAAUAAUACUUUUGAUACAAUGCUAUAAAUAAAAGACAAAUAUAAGUUAAUAUUUUUUUUUAAUGAAAUUUUAUUACUAGUAAAAUGUGUCUGAAAUUAUUAAAUUUGUCGAUACAUAUAAAUUUAUAUAACAUUUUUGCCUAACUAAAUGUGUUUACAAAUAUAACUGUGGUAUAUUCGUUUUAAGUUAAGUACUACUCUUUUAUUCUCAAAAAUUGUUUCACAUUCCAUAUUUAACAAAAACUUCCAAGCGUACCACCCCCUUUUUUUUUCAGAUCUAUCGCUCCACAAGUGUAAACUUUUUUAUUGGAAGUAACCAUUAUUUACAUAAUAUGAUGUUUUAGGGUUUGAAGUUAUUUUUUAUUAGCAGUACAUAAGGCAGACUAAAAUCCACACAUUAAUAGCAUAAUUAAUUUGCUUAAAAUAAUAACUGUUUCUCGCUUUUCCAUAGCUUACUAUUGCAAAGCAUUACAUACACUUAAAAGAAAAGGCAUGGAAUCAACUGCAGUAUACUCACCAAAAGUUAUAGGUAAACUAUAUUUUAAAACAUUUUACAAAUUAGCAAAAAUUAAAAGUAUAUAUAUAUAUAUAUAUAUAUAUAUAUAUAUAUAUAUAUAUAUAUAUAAUAUAUAUAUAUAUAUAUAUAGUAAUGUAACGCAGUAGUUAGUGUUUCAAUCAUUGGUAUUGAGACGUUUUUGUAAAUCUUAUUUAGGAAACAUAUUAAUUUUGUGGCUGCUACAUAGCUUGUAUUGGAAACAUGUGUGUAUUGUAGAUGAAAUGUUACCUUGGUAUUUAUUUAGCAGCUCGCAUGCAGGGAGAGAAGCGAACUAAAGAGAAAAGCGUUGUUAAUAAAAAAAAAAUUUUUAUAAAGUUGUCCUCUUUGCGCUGCCUAUGAUUGCUUCUAAUCGUGAGGAGAGUUUGUAUUCUGUUACACUACAAAUGAGACAUGGAACAUCCCACGCAAAUAGGACUUCGUAAAAUUUUGGUAAACAUUUUCAAAAAGUGUGUUUAGUUUUAUCCAUAUGCGUUCUAACGUCCACAAAACACCAGCUGCUGAAGAAGUUACAGGAAAAAAGAAAUGUGUUAUGCCAAAGCUAAAAAAACACAUGGCAUUCUCAUGUCAAAAAGGCAGCUUCAAGCAGAAUGUUUAGCUAAUAGUGCAAAUCAAUAACGACUCAGAGAAAAAAAUGCUCAAAAUCAACUUUAAAGGGAUAGUGAUUAAAAGACUGAAAGACAAAGGUUUGAACACCAUCAUAAAAGAAUCGACUUUGGUAGAUAUCCCCGAUGCAUUACAACGCAUUUUUGCAUGGAAAUAGCCUUGGCCCAAAUGCAAGGCAAUCUUCCAUUUUACAAUGUCAUGCAUUUCAAAAAUAUUUUAAUGUCUAAUUGUUAACAUAAUGGGAGAAUUGCAUUAGAAAAUAACGAAUUCAUCACUUCAUUAAAAUUGUAUGCCUGGAUCUGAUUCGAAUUCCAAACCUUUCAUGGAAAAUAGAUACAAUUUUCCAAAAUAACAUGGCCUUUGCCUUAAUGGGAGUACAAUUUAUCAGGCCAAAUUAAAAUUACAUUUCGCCAGAGUCAAAGGUACACCUUUAGACUUUGCCUUACUCUAAAUUGUGUAUUAUGACCCAGCCCUGACAUAAAAAAAAUAAACCAUUAUCAAUUAAUGGAGGCAUUCGUGUGGCACUGGAUAAUCUUCAAAAACAUCUUCGAGAUAUCAAUCCGUUCCAAAUAGAAAGCACAUUUUUUAAAUGCAAAUUUCAAUAAGACGAUAGGCUAAAGACACAUAGGAAGCUUGACUGCAAAAUAAAUAUAUAAUGACAUUUUAAGGGAAAGAAUACAUAAUGUGCAAGGUCCCACUGCUACAGGAAAGAUGCUGUAGCAGAUGUUGCACCAACAAUGAUUUGGGAUAUAACAAUUCAUGCAAAAUUUUGAAUUUAAAAAAACAAAAUAUAUCCAUCCUGAGUUAAAAUCAGCUACCAUAUAAGUUACACUUUGCUUUUCCAACAUGGUGAUUGAAGCUGAGCAAUAUAUUUGAACGAAACUAUAGUUUAAGAAAUGUGUCCUAGCUUCAAUAGUAUUCAUACAAUUUUUGCAGUCAUGAUUGAAAUUUUAAGCAUGUCCUCGCCGCAAUAAAGAUGACUCACGAGUACAUUGUUGAUGCAUGUUGAAGACAAAAGCAAACCAUUUAAAAUGGUGUCGUAAAAAUCAAACGUCAAUUAUCACUGAAGACUAUCAGCAAUCACAAUGUGUUGAUGUUGACAUUAUGCGGGAACAAAAAGUGUAUUUGCCUUUAGAGAUCACAAAACAUUGCUAAAAUAACAAUGAUUAUAUCGCCAUGUAAAGGAAAUAUAGCACAUAUGACUUAUUUGUAAGAUUCAUGUGUGAUACUAAAAGGGUAGAUUUCAUAGAAAUUUUACUUCCUGGUCGGUAAUAUUGCGAUCUGCCUAAUUUAGUAAAUUAGUGUUUGACUUAAUGAAAUUGGUACCCUAAUACUUAACCAAACAAGAUAGCUUGGCACAUGUUAGGGCAAUGCUCCACUUAAUCGUCUUUCUAAAAUUUGAUCUACCACAUGUCAAAUAUUGAUAUUAAUACCCUGGAAGACAAAUCCUAAGAGACUAAAGGUUUUUUAAAAAAAAUGAUUUUCAAGAACCCCGUGAUAAACAUGCACGCAAGAGGUUAAAUGAAACUGUAAAAUGGUUGUGGUCCAUGAAAUCGAAACUCACCGCGUAUGGACAGUGGCCAAUCCACACAUAAAUUCUGAAAGAUCUAUCUGCCAACACCAAAAGCAAAGUAAAAAGUUACCCAUGCUAUCAACACCGAGAAGGUGGUAACUUUGUUAAACUUAGGGAAACAAAGUAUAUAAGAAAUUGAUGAUUCCAUAUAACGUAUUCCUCUCUCUGAAAUGCAAUGCCCAUAUUAACGAAGAGAUUUGUAGGUACAAUCAAAACGUUAAAUACCUCAUCAAACACGUUUACAACGGGCACAACUCUGCAGUUAUUCAUCUCGUUAUUGAAGCGAUUAAUAUUUGGGGCAACUUCAGGAAAAGUUUACACUAUGUCUUAUACCAGGCAAAGCAAAUGAAGCUAUACAACAAAAAUCAUCUAAGUAUACAUUUCUUUUUUGGUUUAUCCUUGAUCAGCAAAACCCUUAUGUCCGAUUGUAUUUAUAUAUUGAAAUUCCAGAAUGCUAUUCCUGGGCAGACAACAAUUUUAAAAAGUAAACAACGUCUUUGAUGACAUGAAACGGCACUUGGUCAAAUGUUUACCGUAAAAACCACGGAUAGGGAAAAAAUGUCUCUCCUAAUUCUCUUUCUAAAAAUUAAAGGAAAAAUAACAUAAACCUAAGAAAGGUUGGAGAAAGUCUUUAAAUUUGCAAAAAUCUAAGAACCAUGCAUUGCAAGCGAUUAACUGAUGAUGCCUUAGAAUUGGAUACUUGCUUAACAGAAUAUCCGACUCAUCAUUUCCCAGUACAACUAAGCAAAUGUGUGAAUUUUUGUGUAUCAACUGUAAGCGGUUGGAUGCGAGAGCAUCAUUCGAAUGACAUAAGAACAAUCUUAUGGAAGACUGUAAGAGAUACGCUAUUGAUUUACGAAAAGCUCUCAUUGUGUUACUUAAAGAAAUUAAAUCUAUCCUUCCAACAAAUGUAACGUAAGUGGCAGAUUACAGCUUAGAACUUCCAGACAGAAACUAUGACAACCAAUCCAUUAUGGAAAGUAUUACGAUCCUAUUAACAAACAAAAAAAAAAAUAUUGUCAAAAAGCAUUUUCUAAUGCUUAACAUUUGGCAAAGUAUCCUUUCAAUAAAUUAGGCAAGUGAUUGGAAAACGUAACUUAUGAAAAGUAAAUUUUUAUUAUUAAAGACCUUGUUUAAGUGGUAAACUUCUUUAAAGAAAAUUAUGAUCGUCUUAGAAAAAAUGAAAUCGUCAUACCAUGUGCAUUUUCUGCAAAGUAGCAGAUUUACUUAAAGGAUGCAGAACCUGCUAUAAUCUUUUCUUUCUGCAGAUUCUAAUAAAUGAAACAUCAACCCUAAUGUUCGACAAGGAAUUAAUACUAGAAAGUAAUUAAUAUGGCCAGUGUGAUAAUCUGGGAUUAAAUUUUGUUCACACACUGUAUAUAAAAUGUAUUUGCCGUAUAUCAAAUAAUUACUUCUAAAAACAUUUUGGAAGUUCCCUCAUUCUUUUCUAGUUGAUUUGAGACAUAUUCGUUUUGUUGUUACUUCUUGCAACAGACCCGGAAUACUUUCUUCAAUUUGAGUAAUAGUAAGUGUUAGAAAAAAUUUAAGGCCUAAAGUUAGACCAAAACAUGAGUGUCAAUGGAACAAUAUCCCACAGGGAAAAUCAAUGGUAUUCAAAUUUUUAUUUAAAACUUGACAAUCCAAGAGCCUUGAUUAGAGAAAACCAUAUUCGUAAUUCCUCUACUCUGCAUUUAAAUGGAUUUGCUAGUGGUUUCAGAUUUUCUGAUGUCAUCGAAUCAAGUGAUGACAGUCACAUGAAUUUAAUGAAAAUAGUCUGGGAUGGUUUCAAAUGGAAUUAAAAUGAGAUACCAUAUAAAUUUUAUUCAGCAAGACAUAACAAAUGCCGUGGAGGCAGCAAACAAUGGACUUUUUGAACAGCUUAACACCUGGAUGUAUGCCUUCUCAUAAACUAAAAAGAAACUAGGUGUAUUAAUGCAAAAAAAAAUUAACUCAAAAAGAGAUCUUCACAAUAGUACCAGAAUGGUCGUCUCUCAUAAUUAUGUCAUAUGUCAUUGACAGUAAAAUUCUGACCGGAUCUUUUACAGAUGCAACGAAUGAGUUGCUGAGAUUUAUUAUUGCAGCAAGUGAGCUUGAUCUUUCUUUGCUUUGAAACUAAAACUGUUUCCAUUGAGAUUUGCUUUUUCGUGACCAUUCACAAAAACCUAAGACAAACAUUGAAUUCAAUUAGUCCUUAUCUGACAUUUCUUGUUUUUAGUUAUAUUGCCUAAAUCAUUUUAACAAGUUAAGUUUAAAUUCUUAGGAACUGACCAACCAUGUAAAUUAAAGAAAGACCACAGAGUUUAAAACAAAAAUUUGUUCUACACAUAUGUUUUUGCCUACUAAUUAACUUCAUAAUCAGUAAUGGCUAUAUCAAUAUGUGACAAUAAAAGUGCAUCUUAUCUGGCCGUAGACAAUUUAAUUCAGGUAGUAUAUAUAUAUAGCUAGCGUCAGACAGAGAGAAAUAGGGAGAGAGAGAGACAGAGGGGGAAAGGUAUACAGAAUGCCUGAGUGUUUGCGCGUGAGAGAUAGAGAGAGACAGCGCGUGAGAAAGAUGGGAUGGGAGAUACUGCCUUGGAAGAAUUGUGUUUUUCUUUUUCUUGAUUCAAAAGUUUUUUUACAAAUAAAGCUUUAAGAAAUUAUCGUUCCUUGAAAUCUGAUUCUAAAUAAGCUAAUGCCUUUUCCACGUAUAGUGUAUUUAAAUAUACACCAUACUUUAGAUACAAUUACAUUAUUAUAAAGAUAUUUUCUAUGCGAUAAACCAUUCUAUAAACUGCACUGAAUCUUCAGCUAGCGUACAGACAAUAGCCUGCGAAAAAUAUCAAUUAAAAGAAGUUCUAACGGCAGUCUGUCAAACAAACCAAAUUUUCCCAGGUGCGGAAUGCCAGUUUCUGAUUAAAUACAACCAUGUAAGUAUUUAUUGUGAGUUUAAAAAAAAACAAAAAAACACAUGCACCAAGUGUCAAGCUUAUGAUUUUUAAGAAUUUAGUUGUAUGAGUAUUUACCAAGAUGAGCACACCAUCUAAUUAUUUGUGGUUUAAACUUCUCAAAUGAGCGAAUUGUUUCAGACCAGUAGAGUUAUUCGUUUUGGAGUAAUUUAUUUUCAAAUAUAAGAGUUAAAACAUCAAUAUCUCAUUCAUUACAGUAACUUUCUUGAUAUUCUGCAUUUCUUGUGUCUCACACCAGCCAUGAUGAAAUUUAUUUCCACGAUUUUUUUUUCUAAAUUUGAUAAUUUAAACAUUAAAGUGGAUUUAGAAUUAAUAAUAUGUAUGUUAAAAUUGUGUUACCUUGUGGAUAAUAUCUAUGUUUCAAUAUUUUUUUUUUCUUUUUUACUUUUUGGAAAAUUAGUUUCAAUAGCAACAUAAAAUGAGGAAUAAUGGAUCUAUUUUUUUUUAUAUACGUUAAGCAUGUUCAUUUUUAUCACACAAAUACAUAUAUUUCACCAGACAACAUUUUACAAUUAAAAUAAUUUAACCACAACACAUCUAAUUUAUUUAAGUAGCAUAUCAAUCAGGCAACAUCGAACUUUGCUAGUGAUAAUAAUACGUUCAUUAAUGAUCAUCUAGAUUCGGUAAAAUCAAGGAAGCACGCUGUCAAAUUCUUACCGUUGGGAAACAAAUAUUUAUUAGAAUUCUGACUUAAUUUUAAGAGAAAUAAUUCGCACUGAUUAAGCUGACCUAAGGUAUCUGUUAUAAAGAGAUUGAGAUGUAUCUUUCUUUUAGUUCUUAUGGUGAAUGACUUAUUUUGAGUAAUAUUACUGGUUUUCUGAUUAGGUUCACAAUACAAGGAUCUAAUGUUUCAAACUUACAAACAUAGUAUAUUAUAUUAUAUUAAAUUAAUAAACAUGUUCAUUAAAAUUAAUCAACAUUUUAUAAUUCUAUUUAUGUCAUGAAGAAUUAUCUAUAUUGUUCUUAUUAAUUUAUUUGUUCAAUAUAAUUAAUCUUUUUAUGUACAGAUUUAUCACAUUUAUACGGAGUACAAUAUUACUCGCUACACUAUGCACACAUCAGAUGAUCCAGUCUAUUACCAGAC